AUGGAGGACGGCACUAGUGGCUCGGGGUCGGCCCGCUACAGGGUGGACGUCGCUGCACUCAGCGGGACCCUCUUCUCCGAACAAUGCCAACUGGAGGAUGUUGGUGCGGGCUACAUCUUCUUCUGGAGCAGUCUUUCCAAGACAGAGCCACGGGAUUCGGGCGUCUCCUUUGCCAUCCGAGACGACAUCGUGCGACGACUGCCCUGUUUGCCGCGGGACAUCAACGAUCGCCUGAUGAGCCUCCACCUGCCUCUCCAGGAGGCAGACUCGCCACCAUCGUCAGCGUCUAAGCUUCCCUGA